GUGACUGAACCGGACGUUGGCUGGGCUCGUUAGUGUUCUUUCCACAGCUUCCCUCCGUCUGCCGGGCGGAGCCACCACAUUUUUCGUCCGUUAAUUGACAGAAACAAAGGGUGUAAUUUUCAAUGUUCUCCUCAGGAUAGAAAAAACAGUUUGAGCUUUUUGCAGGCAGAACCAUCUGAUUUAGAUAUAUAGACAUUGAUGAUAUGGACAAGAAAGUGGAAAAUGUGCCCUUCAUAUGGAUGGAGGAAACCAAGGAGCAGUUUUACACUCCAAUGAAGAGUAAAAGAAAGUUCAAAUCCAAGAAAAAGGAGUUCGUUGGGUGGGGAUCAAAGCCACUCAUUGAAUUUCUUCAAUCAAUCGGUAAAGACACAAGCCAAAACCUCUCUCACUAUGAUGUUACUGCCAUCAUCAACACAUACGUCAAUGAGAACAGCCUCUUUCACCCCAAAAGAAAGAAGACAGUUGUGUGUGAUGAGAAGCUCCAUUCUCUUUUGGGAAGAAAAUCCGUGAGCCGUUUCAAAAUUCACGACAUGCUUGAACCGCACUUUGUGGGUAAUCAAGAGGAAGCUGAAUCCGGGGAUGAGCUUUUCUACAGUUCGGAUGAAGAGGAGGACAAUGUAUGUGCAACCCGGAAACAACAUAGUCUUCGAAAGAAAAAGGUUGUAGAAACUCCAAAAAGCUGUUUUGCUGCUAUUGUUCCCGAAAAUAUUAAGUUGGUUUAUCUGAGGAGGAGUUUAGUUGAGAAUCUUAUAAAGAAACCGGAAGAAUUUGAAGAUAAAGUGGUCGGAAGCAUUGUGAGGGUCAAAUGUGAUCCAAAUGAUUACCUUCAGAAAAAUUCUCACCAGCUUGUGCGAGUUGCAGGCAUAAGGAAGGUCUCUGGAACUGAUGGCAAUACAGAGAGUCUCCUUCAAGUCUCCAAUUCAGUUAAAGACAUUCACAUUUGCAUGCUGUCAGAUGAUAAAUUCUCUGAGGAAGAGUGCAAGGAUUUUCAGCAAAGAAUGAAAGAUGGCUUGCUCAAGAGGCUCACUGUUGUAGAGCUUAAACAGAAGGCCCAAAGAUUGCAUGAGGAUAUAACAAAGCAUUGGAUAGCAAGAGAACUUGAUUUGCUACAAAACCUCAUUGAUCGUGCCAAUGAGAAGGGAUGGCGCAAAGAGCUGUUUGAGUACCUUGAAAGAAGGCAAUUGCUUCAGACGGAAUCAGAACAGUCACGGCUGUUGCUUGAGGUUCCAGACAUUGUUGCAGAAGAGAUAGAAUUGGAAGCAGAACCAGAGGAGUUCUCAAAUAAUGCAAAAGCAGGAAAUGACCCUUUGAUAAGACCAAUCCCAGAGAAGAUUUCAGAUAGUCUUAUGUAUAGUUCAGCAGUUGAGCCUGUAUCAACCCAGAUAUCUGGUGGCAUGGAUGCUGCAGGCCAAUACCUCACAGGUACACCACGUUAUGGUUCAUUUAAGGCCACUGAGGUGAUUGAAUUGACAGACGAUGAAGACAAACAAGAGGAUCAAAUUGGAGAAAACCAGAGUGUUGGUGAGCAUCUUGGAAGCUUGAUAUGGUAUUACCUGGAUCCACAAGGACAAACACAAGGCCCUUUCUCAACAGCAUCGUUAAAACGUUGGAGUGAUGCAGAAUACUUUCCUCCAGACUUCAAGGUCUGGAAGAAGGGUGAGAACCAAGAGAAUUCUGUGUUACUGAGUAACAUGCUUCACCAGAGUUAUACAGAUUGAUAGAGGAAAAAAUAAAAAUAAAAAUAAAAAAUGAAAAAGAUAAGGUCCAGCGAUUGUACAGCUUCGGGUUUGUGUGUAAAAAUUUUGUCCGAGAGACCUUUUGACUGGACUUCUGUAUUUUUCAUAGUAGCAAGAGCAUAAAUUUUGCCGGUUGACAGUGUCAUGUUCAUUUUUUUUAGUUCAAAAAUGAAAGCCUGUUAGACCAAACGGUUUAUUCUAACAAUUUCAUGUACCCAUGAUUGACAUUUGAUUAGCCUGUAAGCAGUCCAUCCAUGAACCAGAGAGAAACUUGAAAUAAAUGAUUAGCCUUCUCUUGCUCAAAAA